CGGCGUCAUCGGCGGCAUCAGCGGCAGCAGAGGGGCGCAAGGAGAGCGGCGGAGGGGCGCAGAAGGGCGGCAAGGGCAGAGUUAGGGACAAGGGAAAAGCGGCAGGUCUGUACUACCGGAGGUAUCCCAAGACAGUCCGCCAGGAGCCGCUGCCGGUGCCCGGGGCAGUCUCAGGCCGGCCGCAGUUUGCCUACUCGCCGGCGCUCGAGGCCGCGCUGCGCGGAUCGGGGGCCGAGACUGAGGGCUACGAGUACCUCUCGCGGGUUCCGCUGACCAAGUCGGGGGUGGAGCAGAUUGAGGUUGGCAGCGCGGAGCGGCAGGGCGUGGCGCAGCUGGCGCAUGGGCUGGAUGCAGUGGUGGAGCACCCGGGCAAGCUCUUCCCGCUUGUCAACAAGGCGACGGGCAAGCACAUGUUUGAUCCGUGGCUGGAGAACAUCCACUCGCCGGACGACAUUGACUUUGACGCCAUUCCGCCGUUUGUCUCGACGUCUGCUGACGAGGACCUGCACGCGACGGCCAAGUCGCUCGACGGCAUUGCCAUCAAGGGCUCGACGUCGUCGAUGACCUCGCUUCUGGCGCAGGCGUACUUUGCGCUCUCGGACUACAAGACGGUUGAGAGCUCGUUCCUCUCGGCCGAGUACUCGCGCCGGCAGAUGUACCGCGACUUUACGUGGGGGCUCACCCACCCGGUGGCGGUCGCGCUCCGCCCACGCGACGGCAUCUUUGCGGUCGACUCGCUCAAGACGGUCAGCGACGUCGACAACGUCAUCCUGCUCAAGCUCGGCAAGCAGCUCGAGCGCUUCCUCACCAUGGAGAGGACGAGUUUGAGGCGAGCCUGCUGAAGGAGGCCUCGCCCGAGGCGUCGACCGACGCCGAGACGUACCACUACAUGCGCGCCGGAAACAUGCUCCUCCGCUCGCAGCUCGACUGCUGGUCGCCGCGCAUCAAGGGUGCCCGCAAGACGUUUGACCUCAAGACCCGCGCUGUCCGGCCCAUCCGCCUCGACUGCCGCAACUACCGCGACCACGCCUCAUACGAGCUCUCCUCGCUCCGUGGCCUGGUCGACUCAUUUGAGCGCGAGUACUGGGACAUGAUGCGCUCGGCCUUUCUCAAGUACAACUUCCAGGUCCGCAUCGGCAACAUGGCCGGCAUCUUCCUCGCCUACCACAACACGGCCAAGAUCUUUGGCUUUGAGUACGUCCCGCUCUCGGACCUCGACGCCGCACUGUUUGGCAAUUCGUACUACGGCGCCGUCGCCUUUGACAACUCCCUCAAGAUUGUCGAGGGUGUCCUCGACCAGGUCCGCGCAGACUUUGGCACCGAGACUCCGCUCUCGCUCUUCCUCCAUGCCAAACCUGGCCGGAGCCUCGAGUUCUUUGUCGCACCGCGGCCCGACGACCCGGGCUGGUCCGACUCGGAUGCGCUGGAUCCCAAGGCCAUCCUCACGCCCACACGCUACACCGCCAAGCUCACCGUGCUGAGGGAUAUGGAGCCGGUCUUUGGCCCGCUCGACCUCAUUCCAGGUCAGGCGCUCGACACCUUUAUGUCCAUCACCCGUGACGAGACCUCGCGCCCGUCCUCGAUCAAGGCCGCCUUUGACGCUCUUGUCGACAACAUGGUUGUGACCGAGGAGACCAAGCGGUCGCAGCGGUCGACGGCGCUCUCGCUCUCGCGCCGGGCGGCGUCGCGCAAGCGCCGCGCCGGUCAGGGCAAGGGCGGGGCAAGGGCCAAGGGCAAGGGCAAGGGCAAGGGUCAGGGCAAGGGCCAGGGCAAGGGCCAGGGCAAGGACCCGACCAGAUCUUAAACUCGGCCGCAGUACAUA